GACGGAAGUUCUGUGAUCAGCUCCUAUCCGCGGUAUUAUGAAUCGUGUCUCUUUUCCUUGUCAGUGAACCGUGUGAUUUUUUAACAGAAUCCAGAGAAGAUUCACGAGUGGAGCCGGUUUUUGCUCGUUUUUUCGAGCAAUUCCAGUGGGAGAAAGCUAACGGUCAGUGUGUUGUGCUGUGGGGAAAGGGAUGAGGAGCGGGCGCGAAGGAAUUAUUACUCGGAUGGUGAUUUGAAAGCAGAAAUGCUGAAGUUUGGUAGCAAGAGCGAUGUUACAGUGGUGCAUCGCGCUACGAUUCGCCUCCUGGACGAUGCUGAGAUUAUCCACUGCGAUUUCCAGCCGCAAGAUAAAGGAAGACAAAUUCUCGAAUAUGUUUGCAAGCAACUCAAUAUUUUGGAAACGGACUAUUUUGGACUUCGGUACGUGGAUCAUUGCAGACAAAGGCAUUGGCUAGAUUUAGCGAAAACUGCAAUAAAGCAAGUUAAAGACAUGGACUCAAUCCUCUUUAGUUUUCGAGUGAAAUUUUAUCCACCGGAUCCACUGAGAUUGAAAGAGGAGAUCACUCGGUAUCAGAUUUACCAGCAGUUAAAAAGGGACCUUCUACAUGGACGUCUGUACUGUAGUCCAGGCGAAGCUUCGUUGCUCGCAGCCUGUAUCGUUCAAAGUGAGCUUGGGGACUAUGAUCCAGAAAUUCAUGAACAAAACUAUAUCUCGGAACAUAAAUUACUACUCAAACAAACCGAGACAAUCGAGGAAAAAGCUAUGGAUUUGCACCAAUCGCAACUCAAAGGUUUUACGCCAGAGCAAGCGGAAACGCAUUUUCUCAGGCUAGCUUCGCAAUUGGACACAUAUGCCGUCGAUCCACACCCUGUCAAGGAUCACAAGGGUACACAGCUCUAUCUUGGAAUUAACCACAGUGGAAUCCUGACGUUUCAAGGAUCGAGAAAGACGAAUCACUUCCGUUGGUCCGAAGUUCAAAAGAUCAACUACGAGGGAAAGAUGUUCAUCGUUCAUUUAACUAUAAACGAGAAAAAGCAUACCGUCGGAUUUAAGUGUCCCACUGGGUCAAACUGUCGACAUGUUUGGAGAUGCGCCAUCGAACAAAUGCUAUUUUUCACUUUGCCAAGAGCUUCAGAUGCACCAGUUUUAAGUGGUGGAUCCAUUUUUUCCUGGGGCACAAAAUUUAAAUACACUGGAAGAACAGAAAGGGAAGUUCUGGAAGAAGCAGGACCUCUUCGAAACGAAGAACCUCCUAUUCAACGUUGUCAGUCGACAGGACUAAGAAGAAAAGCCAGCAGUGUACCUGCAACCCCGAGUACUCCGAGUCAAGAUCUCGUUGAAAUUCGGUAUUCUAGUUUACCGAGAAGCUGUCAUAGUGCAGGUCUAGACGGAGCCGGAAUGUCAGACAUAACAAGUGGUGUUCCUUUAAGUUCUCCCUACUGUCCUGACAAUACCUUGCCACUUUUGGAAACACUCUCCGAAGAUCAGGAAGUUCACACUAGGAGAAACAAGGCCGUAGACGAGAAUGAUUCGCAUGCGAGUGCUACCCACUCCACAAUCUUCACAACCACAACCCAAGCGAAAAAACUGAAAUUCCCAAAGAGCACGUUCAAUCGACCACAACCGUUGUAUAGUCAGAAAAUAGUAAUAGGCUCGGACGAGUUGACCGGGAACAUCGAAAACAUCGUGAAACAGAAAAUAAAUUCACUCGAGAAAAGUCCGAAGGUGGUCAGGUCGACGGCUCUGAUUAUAAAGACGUCUAAGACACCCUCCAGGGCUAAGACAAACGGGAAUUUAAUCAAGAGUGGAGGCGAUAACGCGAUUUCGAGUAGGAUUCCUUGCGCAGAGAGUAUUUAUUCCCAGGAGGCGAAAGCUGCUCAACAGGUAAGAUCGGACCAAAAUGAUUCCAGGACGGAGUCAAAGAUCGAUUUCAAAAUCACAAACGGUUCUUUAACUAAGAUAAACACUCUGCAGAAUAUUAGUCCAUCCAACUGGGGACAAGAAAUUCUGCGUAAUGUGGGGAAUGGAAUCGAUGCGAUUAGGAAACGUUACGACUCUUCAGUCUGUCAACGCGAAGGUGAUUCGAACGACUACUACUUCCGGGAUUCGUUCGACCACUCGUCUACAGAAAGUCAGUUAAUCGACCCAACCGGCAAGUCUCAAAGUCGUUCGGUGACGCCGGUGCCGAAAAUGCAAAAACUUCAAAACUCGAAACUGCAUUCGCAGUCUCGACUCACUGGUGUCAAAAUAAAGCAGAAGAGUUUGCGAGUUGUAAAACUCUUGAUACCUGCCUUUAUGAUUACUAUCACUGUGCUCUUUGUCGCGAUUGUUCUAAUUUUCGAAACAGACUCUACUUUGUUUAACAGCCUGCGAAAAACGCCGGAAAUGGUGGCCUUAAGAAACCAAUAUUAUUUACCUAUUAAGGAAUUUCUUAGGAACAAGCUCGGCUUAUUUUGAUUACGUAUGGAGCUAGAAAUUAGGUCAUCCUUAAUCAUGUGCUCCCUUAUCCAAAAGUCAGUGCCAAUCCAAAAGACACGAUAGUCUCUCUCUCUCUCUCUCUAUUUCUGAAAAAGCUUUUCUAAAAAGCUGAGAUUCUGACCACUAAAAGCUGAUCACACAAAAAAAAAA